ACGCCCUCCAAGAAGCGUGGACGUCCCAAGAGCUAUACGGUCAGUUAAAGAAGACGCAGGGUGUCCCGAAACAAAACCGACGCCGAGGGCGCUGCAACUGGUGCGUCUACCAGGAAUGGAUCGCCAAAGGCUUCAAAGAAAAAGUCCCGCCGGCCGCC